CGGGGCCAUGAGGCUGUGACACCAGCCCCUUCCCCCAUCCCUUUACCCUGGGGCCCGCCUCCGGUGGGGACAGUCCCCGGGCCGGGAGACCAUGCUCGGCUCCUCCUCGGCCUGAGGAGUGGCCGGGGCCGGCAGGGAGGCUGGAGCCGGCCGCUCGCCAUGGGCUGCGCCCCGAGUAUCCAUGUGUCCCAGAGCGGGGUGGUGUACUGCCGGGACUCGGACGGUUCCAACUCCCCGCAUCAGACCACCGCGGCCUCCCAGCAGAGCGGAGCCCUGUCUGGCUUCUUCAUCAGGACAGAGCGCUCAGGCUCCAUUACCGGCUGCCGGCCCCUGGCCAACAAGGAGCAGAGGGAACCCGGCUACAGCAUCCCGGAGGAAAGCCCGGCUGAGCGGAGCCGAGCGAAGGGAGCGGUGACUGAGGUUCAGUUUGGACCAAUGAAGAUCCACCAGGAUCCCAUUCAGGUACUUCUAGUGUUUGCCAAGGAAGAUAGCCAGAGUGCUGGAUUCUGGUGGGCAUGUGACAGGGCAGGGUACAAGUGCAAUAUGGCACAGACACCAGAGGCUGCACUGGAAUGUUUCUUAGACAAGAAUCAUGAGAUCAUCGUCAUAGAUAAUAGACAUUCCACAUAUUUUGAUGCAGAGGCACUAUGUCGAUCCAUCAGAGCAACAAAAUCGUCGGAAAAUGCUGUCAUUGUUGCUGUUGCAAAACGACCACAAGGGGAUCAUAAGGAGAGUUCCGUGAUGCCACUGAUUGCUGCAGGCUUCUCACGGUGGUACAUUGAAAAUCCCAGUAUCAUUGCCUGUUACAAUGAACUGAUCCAGCUGGAAUUUGGAGAAGUGCGUGCACAGUUCAAGCUAAGGGCAUGUAGUGCAAUCAUCACAGCUUUGGAGCAAAGUCAAGAAUUAAUAGAAAUCACGAGUGAAGAUAAUAUUAUUCAGGUCAGGUAA